AUGGCCAAGUAUGGUUAUGGUUAUGGUUAUGGGGAUGGAGACGAGUAUACGGAGUACUUAAUUGGAGAUGGCUCAGGGUCAAGGAUGGAGAAAAUCCGUCAGGCCCUUCCUUGUCCAUGGAUGUUCAGGGAUCACGGCGAUCGGGGCAAGCACCACCGGCUUCCCCGGCAGGCGCUCGCGGCGUUUGUUUUCUCCUGCCUGAUCAUCACGUUACGAAUUACCACAAAUUCUCACGCUCGCUCUUUUACUUUUCCCAGCAAUCGGGAACCCGCCUGUUGGUCGGACUAA